UGUUUACAACAAAAACCGCGGAAAGACUGGGUCAUCCCUUCAUAUAGCGAUGCACGAGAGGUUCACAUGGUCCUUCUUCUCCUCACGUGACGAGAAAGUAAUAUGGCGGCCGCCCAAAAUGCAGGGACCAACAGCAUAACGAAAGUUUUGGAGAGUAUAUGCCGGGAACGGAGGAGAGAGCAUCUCGAUAAAGAAAGUGAAGAGGGCUUUAUUGUCCUGGCUAUUGAGUCUUUCUGGACAAGACUUUUCUCACAGUACUUUGUUUGUAAUGACGACGAAACAAGGGAUGACCUUCUUUUCUAUGUAAAAGGAAAGAAUACCAAUAAAGAUGGCAAAGUUGAGAAAGAACAAGCAGAGUCUAAAAUUGCAGUGUUCAGAAAAGACUCCAAAGUUCUUCCAAGCUUGGGUGAUCCAAGUAUUGACUGGGAAGAGUCUGUGUAUCUGAAUCUCAUUUUACAUCAAUUUGAGUACACAUUGACUUGUGCAAUCUGUACAAAGCCUCAAGAGAAAGAAAUGAGAGUUUUAAGCAGAAUAUCACAGAAAGUGUAUGCUUCUCCAAAUAGGAGGAGAAUGGAUUCUAAAGGAAUUUCCGCUGAGAUUUCAUAUCCCAACAUAUUUUUUAUUCUAGACAAUUUUGAAGAGACCUUCAGAGACUUUUCACUACAGGAAAAUGAGAUGGUUUGUGUGGAGUUAGUUGCCAAAGAUAAGACGGAAUCUGUGGAAGGAGUUAUUUUCUUGGGAUCCAUAAGAUAUGAAUCACUUAAAAAGGUUUAUGAUGGACGAGCUAGUGUAGCCAGUAAAGUUGCUCGUAAAGUAUCAAUGGGUUGGUGGAGAGGACCAGCUAAUGUUGAAUUCAUCAAAAUGAAAGGUCCAGCUGGUAAAGGUCAUGCCGAGAUGGCAAUCACGCAACAUAGGGGACUGGAGGAAAGAAGCAGUUUAGAAGACUCUGAAAACAGUGAUUGGAGAACAUGUUCUGACUGUGGAGAAAAAACGUCUUCUUCCUUGACCAAUCAUCAAGUGCCUAUUCAGGAUGAGAAGUGCUCUUGUGGUGUGCAGUCCAAAUAUGGUGAAUAUCCCAAAUGGACUGCAGGACUUGAUGGCUCAAACUACAGUGAAACCAGCUCAGACAAAAAGAAAAAAGGUUUGUUAUCACCCUCACAGCACUGGAUGAAAUUCAGAAAGAAAAAUCUAAGUCCACUUGCCCUCUCAGCGUACCUAACAUAUGUGACUUUACCUUGGAAUAAAAUUAUGAAAGAUAUCUUGGAAGUGAGACAACCUUCUAUUUUAACAUAGCAUUAAAUAAUUCCUAGAUUCAUACAGUUCAUAUACAAGUAGCAAAAUUUUAUUUAUCUGUUAUCAGUUCCAUGAUAAAUACACUUACCUUUUAUAAUUUUUAAAGUGCUUGGUGCAUUUUCAUUCUCAAACGGCCAAAUAAUUACUUUGGAAGAUUUAUUUUGAAAGUGAUUUCAUGAAAAUGUGAUUUUUAUAUGAAAUACAUUAUGUGGUAGUUUGGUGCAAAUCGGUAAGGUAAUAGGGUAGGUUAAUAAAUGGUAAUCUUUGAAUAUAUUCACUUAGCACACAGUAAUUUUUAUAUAGAAGACAGAAGUAUAAAAAUGUAUGGGUGCCAAUUCAAACCAAUCUUAAGUAUCUAGGGUAACAUAUCCAGUAGUAACUGAGGGAUAUGUUGAGUUUUAAAGUCAGGGAAUGUUUAAAUUUGAGCCAUCAGCUACUGUAUGACUUGUACAUACAGGUAAUCCAAGUUUGGAGUGAGCAGUGCAGAACUUUUGUGAACCUCAAAAUUUGUGGUCAAGACAACUGCUGCACAAGGGUCUAAGUAGUCACUUGCUUAAUGUUGAAACUGAGGGAAAAGCAUUUGGUUUGCUCAAAUUUGAGGCUAUUACAAUUUUUUAACCUACUAGACUUCAACAUAGCAGUAGAAGUAUGCAAUGCAUACAACAGGCUAUUUACAAUAUUUGACACAUUGUGGGGUUUUGGGUAUUAAUCCUUAUAAGUUAAAGGGAAGUGACACAAAUUACUUUUUAUUGCAAUACUAAGGAUUGUUGCAACUGUAAUGCUUUGACUUAAGAAUGAGAAUGUUUGGUUAAAUGUUGACUGCAUUUUCAGGUGACCAUAUUGGCAUAUUCUAUAUUUUGAACUAUGGUAUUGUACAUAAUAUAAUUGUAUUAUUAUCAGAAGAAAUCAUUAUUUUUGAUAUGGACUGUAACUACCACGACAAACAUCAGCAGAGUGUCAAUGGUUUAUUUACCACUAUUUAUUAUUCACAUAGAAUAUAAAAUGCCGCCAACAUAUAUUUAGAGAAUUACUUGCAUAGCAGAACAAUUUAACAUGGUAGAGUUUUUGAAAACAUUACUGAAACAAUACUCAAUUUUGAGGUGUUUUUGGAAAUUAGAUUUGAGAAAUUAAAACUUUUCUGAUAUUGGAUUCACUUAAACUGAAAUGUUCACAUGUUCAAAUUUGCUUCUUGGUCUCAUUCAAUUCAUCAAGGUAGAACUAUGAAAAUUAUAAUCCUAAAGUUGUUACUAUCUGAUCUUAAUAUAGGUUUUUUAAAUUUUAGUUUUCUAAUUACCUUUACAAUCAAAUUUCCAAAUACAGUGGAACCCUGUCAAUAUGGCUAGAUUGUUGGGGCGCGAUGGUGACCAGAUUAACAGGGUUCCUGUAUUAUAGGGGUUCUUUAAAUAAGAAAAAUAACUGAGCUUUUGUUUGGACCAGAAUAAAGCAGCUGUAAUAAUGAGGUGGCCCAAUAAACAGGGUGGCUGUAAGGAAGGUUCCAUUGUACUUCAAAUUUCAUCAAAACACUUAUGGUCAACUUCAGAAAGACUUAUUAGCAUUUUUGAUAUAGGAGAAUUUGAUUUGUUUUUCUCUUUAACCCACAGUGAUGAUUUCUUUCAUUUCUGUUCCAAAAAAGUGCGAUAAAAUACUGGGAAGCCUAAACUGCCGAUACGAUCUUCUACUCUUGCCCAGUCCAGGCUAGUGGGUGAAUUGUCAUCUUCCUGGUUGAUACUGAAACCCAAUAAAUUAAUCAAAGUACUCAUUCUCAUUUUGCUACAUUAGAAUUGUGAUCAUUUCCAAAAUCAGUUUGAAUAACAAAAGUGAUUGAUAUCAUAUUUCUCCUUUCAAUGUCAAUACAUUAGCCAGAAGUCAAGUAAUGAGAAUUAAGAUAUUAUUAAAUGGUACUGGUAUAUUGUAUUGAUAAUGAACUAACGUUUAAAAAAUGUAUGACUUAUCACUCUGGGACUUAUUAUUAGAACAUACUGUGAGGGAACUGAAAUUCUUCAAAUUCCAAUUUUUCUCAGUCAAUCAGAAUUUGGAUUUAGUGUUGAAGUUGAUCAAAGAUCUUAAUAGCGCAUGGUUUGGGUACUCAGGAUGACAUCAUAAUAUACCAAGAAUUUUAUGAUUGGAAUUUAGAAAUAUAACAACAAUGGAAUCCAAAUAAAGAAACGCAUUGAUUCA